GGGCUACAUCAAUGGUGCUCAACUUAUUGGAUAUUGGGUACCUUAAGUGUGGUUCCAUGCCUUGUUAGAGGUCUGCACAUAAUAUUCAGUCCUUGUAAUACUACUUUCAGGGGAGGACUGAAAAACUCAUGGGGCCCCUGGGCAAUAGGGGAUCAUGGGGCCCCUGUGUCCUUGCCCAAACUCAAAAAAGCCUAUGAAAAAAGCACCAGGGGCAUCUCAUGGUGCCCCCUACUGACCCCGAGCCUUUGGACAGUGCCCAAGUUUCCAAAUGGUCAGUCCGCCCCUGCUCACUUU